CUCGCGCCCUUUUAUUUCUCUUCCAUCCCCUCCUCCGAACGCAAAAAAUCCUUUGACAGCAGAGAUCGGAGACAAUGGACGACAACUCGCCGGCGACCAAGCACGACCACCGUGACGACUCCCACGGCUGGCAGACCGUGACUUACCCCAAGCGCAACCGCAGGCAGUCGAGGCAGCAGGCCGCCCCCGCCUAUCCCCUACCCAAUGGUCCGGACGUCUUCCGGGAGGUGGAGCUGCACUCGGAGGAACGCCUCCGAGCUCCCUCCGCCUCGUCCGGCGAGCAGAAGCCCCACUCCGACGGCGACGGCGGGGAAGGCUCCGGGGACGACGGGGAGGUGGCCGGCGCUGCGGAGAAUGCGGGCAAGGAGGUGAAGAAGGCGAAGCCGAAGAAGCCGAAGCAGCCCAAGGUCACGGUGGCCGAGGCCGCCGCAAAGAUGGACGCCGCUGAUCUCAGCGCUUAUCUCAUCGAAGUGACCGAGUCGUAUGAAGCGCAGGAGGAUAUACAGCUGAUGAAAUUUGCAGACUAUUUCGGCCGCGCGUUUUCUUCGGUGGGGGGGGCGCAGUUUCCGUGGGUGAAGAUGUUCAAGGAGUCUCCGGUAGCUAAGUUGGUGGAUGUUCCUAUCUCGCAUGUGCCGGAGAUCGUUUAUGAGACAUCAGUUGCCUGGCUUCGCCAAAAAUCCCCUGAGGCACUUGCCUCUUUUGUUUUGUGGUCGUUGGACUGCAUUCUUGCUGACCUUGCUAGUCAUCUCGGUACUGCCAAGGGAUCCAAAAAGGUGGUUCACGUGGCAUCAUCAAAAUCUCAGGUUGCUGUGUUCAUUGUCUUGGCGACGGCACUGCGAAGAAAGCCUGAGGUGUUGGUCAAUGUAUUGCCUAUCCUGAAGGAAAAUUCAAAAUAUCAGGGACACGAUAAGCUUCCAGUAAUCAUAUGGAUGGCUACUCAGGCUUCUCAGGGAGAUUUAACCGUGGGGUUGUACAUGUGGGCUCAUUAUCUCUUGCCAAUGCUUCAUACAAAGUCGGGAAGUAAUCCGCUAUGCAGAGAUUUGGUUUUGCAGCUGGUGGAGAGAAUCCUGUCUACUCCAAAGGCUCGUCCCAUACUAUUGAAUGGUGCAGUUAAAAAAGGCGAGCGUUUAGUGCCGCCACAUGCUCUUGAGUUUUUGAUGGGUUUCACGUUUCCGGCACCUUCAGAGCGGGUUAAGGCAACUGAGAGGUUUGAAGCCGUUUACCCAACCUUGAAAGAGGUCGCCUUGACUGGCACUGGAGGCAGAGCAAUGAAGCAAGUCGUGCAGCAGAUUGCAAGCUUUACAAUAAAAGCUGCCGGUGAAGGUGUUGCCGAUCUAUCAACUGAGGCAGCCAAGAUAUUUGUAUGGUGCUUGGAUGAAACCCCAGACUCUUAUGCACAAUGGGACAAGCUUUACAUGGAUAACCUGAAAGCGAGUGUCAUUAUUCUGAGGAAACUGUCUGAUGAUUGGAAAGAUCACUUGGAGAAAGCCACAGAACAUGGUUCUCUCCAGACUCUGAGGGCAACUCUGAACAAAUUCCUGCAAAAGAAUGAGAAAGCAUUGCAAACCGAAAAAGAUGCGGAUCGCUGCACUCUACUGAAGGAUGCUGACAAGCAUUGCAGAAUCUUGUUGAAAAGGAUGAAGAAAACCAAAGGGUACCUCAAAAGCAUGCUGGUUGUUUCCGUCGGUUUUGCCGUGGGAGCUGCUAUCAUGUCCCGGAGUAUGGGAAACUGGGACUUGAAGAAAGUGUCCGAGGCAUUAGGGGAUAUGGCGGACUGGGACUUUAAUGAACUGUCCGGGAUGUUUGUGAAGCUGGCAGAGAUGUUAAAUCUUCCGUUGACCAUCUGAUAAACCCCAAAUGCAGCUGCGUCUUCAUCUUAACCUAGUUCUGAAUCCCCAGACCCGAAACUUCCGAUCGCAAGCCUCGCCUGCCAACUGGAACCCACAAUAUUUGAGUACGGAUGGAACUUUUCUUUUCAUUCAGUUAGAGUAGGGAUGAAAACACCAGCCAGAGAUCAUUGGCCUGAUAGUUAUUUACAGGGGUUGGUGAGCGUCCCCUGAACCUUAGCACCAAUUUAAGUUUUUUCUUGAAUAAAUAUCUGUUUCUAAUUUCUAUAUCAGAAACGGAAAUAAAGACAUUGAUCUCAGUCAGGAUUAUAUAUAUAUAUAUAUAUAUAUAUGCUUAUGCUUCUGUGUAA